UAACAAAACCAAAGAGCGGGAGAGAUAGUUUCGGAUUUUGGUUCUGCAAAAAGUACUGAGAUUUGUCAGGGUCAACGUCAGACGUCUACGUCAAACGGAAGAUUAGGCAGCACGCUACUGACUUGACAUAAAGUCAUGCAGAGCACGAGAAUGGGAACUGGGCAUGCGGCCCAAGGUUCAGAACACUGCAGGUAUUAUUUACGUGGAAGUUGCAGAAAGGGCCUCUCAUGUAACUACUCACACAUGCCUGCGGAUGUGCCGAUUUGUAAAUUUUUUCGAAAAGGAACCUGCUUUCACGGCGAUCACUGUUGGUUUAGACAUGAAGGAGAAACACUCCCAAUCAGAGCAAAUCAGCAUGUGACAUCAAAUAGCCAAGAAAACAACCAGAAAGGUUGUGAUGGUAUUGUGGAAGUUGGUCCAUGUGGUAUAUUGGAAAAGAAUGCUGACAUUGAGAGUGGUGCCAAAGGAAAACUCUUGUGUGAUGCACUAAAAGAAAACCAGGAACCAACUGGAGUUCAAGGUAAAAGGAACAACUGCCCACAAAAGAAAGCUCCACUUGCAUGUACUGGCCUGACUAGCAAUAUUAUUAAAUGUGGGAUGGAGCCUCAAAUCGAUGUGCACAAGAUGAGUGAGCUGAUGACAAGUCUGAAUCUAAAACCGAAAUCAUGUGAGGAAUUUCAAGACCCAUUUAACCAGCCUAAAGAUGAUCUACCAGACAAGUUUAUUGCUUUAGAAGCUGUCCUUGACAAGUGGGAGACCUGUAAAGAGGAGAUUGGAUUUGACCCAGAUGCAGUGAAUUCCUUUUCAUCCUCCACAUCAGACACAGACAGUGAAGACGAUGAGGAUAAUGAGGAAGAAGAAGAGGUAGCAUCUGAACUAGACAGACACAGUGAUGAGGAUGAUGAUGAUGAUGCUGAAGAAGAAGGAGAAGAAACAGAAGAAGAAGACGAUGAAGAGGAAGAAGAAGAUCAUGAAAUCAAGAACAACCGCGCACAGUUUUUAGCGCUGACAUCCUUUUUUGAUCAAAUCAAAGAUUAUAACAUCACUGGUUGGCCAGCUGCGAAUGUUAUUGAGCUGGUGAUUGGACUGAACAUCAUGGAAACAUGUGAUGAAUCAAUCACAACAAUAGUGCUGCACAAUAUUCUCAAUCAGUGGAAACCUUCAUCACUCCUGUGGGCUGAAUUCUUGGUCGGUCUGACUGAAGAUAUUGGCGAUGAUUCUGAAUCCCUGGCGUAUGCCAUCACCAUGUGGCUGGGUGCAUAUGAAGAUGGAGAGGUUCAUCUGUAUUUUGGCGGUUUACUCGCUGGACUCAUUCAGUUGGACGGAAACCAGCAGAGGGCGCUGGCAGAGUGUGAAGCAGUGCUGACGGUCUUGCCGGAUGUUCUUCCCUUUGUAAACUUGGAGUUGUCAGUAGAGGGUGCUAUCGUGGGAAUGCUGAGAGUAAUGGCACACAAAGAGGUAGCAGAGUUUCUGCGACAGUGUUGGUUGAAAGAGUCGAAGGAUAUGAGUGAUUGGAUGGACUGCUUCUGUGACACUGAGGACUGCCAGUGCAUAAACGUGGACUGGGAUGAAGCAGUAGUCUCCUUCCGAGUUAUUUGGGACAUGAUUGAGCAGUACGAUGUGUGGGAUGAACAGAAGAGGGUGGAGUUCUUCCAGGAGGCAACUGCUGGGCUGUGGUCACGCGACAUACUCAUGGUUGUUGCGGAGAUGCUGUUUUUUGACGAUAAGCUAAAAGUGCUGGACGGCUGCAAGUACCGGGAGACGGAUGCUGAAGGCUGUGCUCAUGGCUCAGAUGCUGAACAACGUGCCAACACGAAAAUGACUCCUAAAAAAUGUCUCGGAGAGGUGAAGACAUGGAUUACCCUUCCAUGUUCAUGCAGCAAUUCUAUGAGGUGAAGCCAUGCAUCUCUUUGUUUGGUGAUGACGACGUGGAGAGAUUUGUGAACACUGUCGGCAGCAGUGCUCCUCCCAAGCGUGUCAUGUUCCAUAGGGAGUUUAGCGUGAAGGACGAACAUCUAUCAGCUGUCUUCACCAGAUGUCCUGACCUGCAAGUUCUGGAGUUGGGAGACUCAGACUCUGGCUGUGGUAGCUGCAUCACUGAUGAUGUCAUCAUUGAGUUGGUCGCUGCAUGCCCCAAGCUGAGAAACAUUAGACUCAGUUCCUGUGUCAAGCUAACGGACAAGUCCUUCAAACGAAUCAUUGAGACAUGUGUUGACCUUAGAGCUCUUGAGAUCUCAGGAAAUGACAAAAUAUCGGGCAGGCUUUCGGCCGAGGUGUUGCGCCCAUUGUUUUGUCCCCAGGUGGCACCAAAGCUACACUACCUGUGCUUCGCAGAUCAGAACGUUGACAUCGGCAUGAAAGGGCGGCUUUGUCGCUCGCGUAAACAGAUGAUCAUCGAUUGUGAAGAGACCAUAGGAGACAGUAUGGCCGCGCGUCUUGUGGCUGGUUUCAUGGGAGAUUACAGCGAUACGGAUUUCUUGUUUGAUUUCAAUCUUUCUUAUUGAGUGUGUGAUGUCUCGAUAUGCAAAGAACUCGCUAAAGAGUGCAGCAUUGGAGUUCCUGCGAAAUUCAACCAACUUUUAUUAACAAACUUGUUUAGUCUCUUAUAACUGUGAAUCUUAUAAUAACAGUAUGUAGCUAAAAAUGUAUGUAGUAAUUACUAGGUUAAAUAUAUUAGUUGUACUACAUGUUCUGUCAUUAUUCCUUAUUGGUUUAGUGAAAUACUUGUACAAGAAAUUCUCACAUCUUCUCAAACAAGUUGAUCAGACAAGGUUAAUCAACUUCUAGAUUAUUGCUAAAUGGUUGUCGGCAAGUUAUAUAAUUUAUAAUUGUCUUAACGCCUGCUGCUGUAUAUCAAUUCCUAUUAUAUGUGUAUACUGUUUGGCUUUCCGUGUAAUAUUUAUGUUGUAGACAGGAUAACAUUACCAGCAACCAUUUUCAUUCUGUUGCAUAUAUCUGAAGUUCUGAACACUGGUCAAAAAUACCUAGAACAGUGUAAUAAAUUAAUGAAAACUAAA